AUGUCUCGUACUCGCAAAGAAAUUCGUGAUAUUUGUGUGAAAACUUUGGAAGAAAAAAUGGUUGGAACUGCUCCAGAAAAUAUUGAAUCCGGACGAGGAUUUUAUAAAUAGUAAGUCAAUACUUGAUACUAAAAUUUUGGAAAACUUAAAACUUUUCAGUUUUUUCACUAACUUUCCUGAUCUUCGUGUUUAUUUCAAAGGAGCUGAAAAAUACACAGCGGAAGAUGUUCAAAAAAGUGAACGAUUUGAAAAACAAGGACAACGUCUUCUAUUGGCUUGUCAUUUGAUUGCAAAUGUUUACGACAAUGAAGAAGUAUUCAAAGCCUAUGUUAGAGAAACUAUAAAUCGGCAUAGAAUUUAUAAAAUGGAUCCAGCUCUUUGGAUGGUUAGUUUUUCUCAGAAUUUGAAUUUUCAUAAAUAAAACUAAUCCGUGGAUUUUUAGGCAUUCUUCAGUGUUUGGACAGGAUAUUUGGAAGAAAGUGGAAGUUUGACAGAUGAACAAAAAAGUGCGUGGAUGGAAUUGGGAAAAGAAUUCAAUUCUGAAAGUCAAAGUCAUCUAAAAAGCUUGAACUUGCCACACACUUAA